AUGCUGCGGAAGCUGCAGCUGGGGGACGGCGCCGCGCUUCCAGUCUCGGGUCACUACAGGCCUCAGCGGGCCCUUCAGGCCUCUCAGCCACGCUUCCAGGACGACGGCCCAUCCUCGCCCCACAGCUGCAUCCAGCCCCACUGCACGGCGCUGAGAGCUGUCUUCUCGGGCAAGGAAGCGACUGCCGCGCUCUGGGUCCCCGGGCCCCCGGACGGCUCCGUGCUGGGCCGCCCCGUGCCCUCUGACACAGGGCCCCCACCCCUCCCACNCCCCCCUCCUGCACCUCCGAGUCCUGCUCCUGGGGCCCCGAGACCUCCCUCACUGCUGGUGGCCCCUGCCCAGCUGUCACGACUCCCCUCCAGGACGGCCCCUCAGGGCCUCACCCGACGCCCCUCCCCUGGCUCCACCUGCCCGUGUCUGAACGCCGAGCACAUGCGUGUCUCACAGACCUGCUUCUCCCUGACUGGGAAGAGCAGUGGGCCUGGGCCCCCCAGAGCCGACGGCCUUCUCCUUUCACCUGCUGGUGAUGAAGACCCACCAACAGGACCCAGCUCCACGCUCGCCAAGCAACUGGAGCUGCAGAUGACUCCGGCACGGUUUACUCUCAGCACGUUCCACGCGGCGCAGCUUGUCAUGUGCCGAAAGGGAACAAAAGCGGUCCUGGAGUUCUGGGCAGCCUUGGGGGGCGGCCGUGGGAUUCAGGAGCUGCCUGGGAAAGCAACCAGGGACCUAAGAGGUGGGGGAAUCCUCUGCGUUGCGUGGACCGCGGGCUGGGUGCUGGCGGCCACGCUGCUGCUCCGCGCGCACCCGGGCGUCCCCUCCGAGCGCUGCAGCGACGAGAAGAGCCGGCGCAUCCUGGCCGCGCUGUGCCAGGACUACCGGGGCGGCGCGCUGGGCGGAGACCUGUGCGAAGACCUGUGCGAGGCGGGGCAGCUGCGGUACCGGCGCUGCCUGUACUACGAGCGCGGCAAGAAGGUGCUGCAAGCCGACUGGCGUGGCCGGCCCGUGGUCCUCAAGGCCAAGGAGGAGGCCUUCUCCAGCUUCCCGCCGCUCGGCCUCCUGGACGGGCAGCCCGAGGCUGGCGGUCAGGACUUGCCGGAGGCCGAGCUGCUGGUGCUGGCGGCUGGGGAGGCCCGGAGCGCACUGGGCCUGGAGCCGGCCGAGGGUCGGGGCCAGCUGGCCAGCCUGUGGGCGCUGCUGCAGCAGGAGGAGUUCGUGCUGCUCAGCCUGCUCCGCGGCCGCAGCCCGCACGCCCCGCCCGUGCUGGGCUCCUGCGGCCACUUCUACGCCGUGGAACACCUGGCGGCCGGCAGCCCCGGCCACCGCGCCCUCUUCCCGCUCGGCCCGGACGGCGGGCGCCGCGGCCAGGCGCGCGCGGUCAGCGGUGUGGCGCUCAGCUUCCUGGACAUGGUCCGCCACUUCGACCACGACUUUGCCCACCGCCUGCACCUCUGCGACGUCAAGCCCGAGAACUUCGCCAUCCGGAGCGACUUCACGGUGGUGGCUAUUGAUGUGGACAUGGCUUUUUUUGAACCUAAAAUGAGGGAAAUUCUCGAGCAAAACUGCACGAGGGAUGAAGACUGCAAUUUCUUUGAUUGUUUUUCGAAGUGUGAUCUGAGAGUGCACAGGUGUGGGGCCCAGAGAGCCAACAGUAACCUGCAGGUGGUCUGCGACAAGAUCUUCCGCCACUGGUUCUCCUCGCCCCGUGGUAGCUCCGCGAUGUUGGGCCCGCUGCGGGGGCAGCUGCAGGCAGCGGUGCAGGAGUGCGCGGCCCCCAGCGCCCAGGGCACACCCCGCAUGCUUGGGAGGCUGCGAAGCCUGCUCCAGGCUGCGCUGCGGGAGCUGCAGGACGGCGAGGAGCUGCACCCCUGGGCGAGGAGCGGUCCACUCGGGGACACUCACCGUGGGACCCUGGGCGCUGCCCGGAAGGCCCCAGCCGGCCUCGGCCAUCACCCCCUCGAGUGA